GGGGGGUUGUUUUGUUUUCUUUAUCAAAAUAUUUCACUGAUAUGAUUAUUAAGCAUGACCUCAAGAACCAAAUUAGUCUUUUUCUUUCUUUAUUUUUUUUUAACAAAGAUAUCAGAAUAACUGAAAGAAUGCCGUAACAAACUGAAAAGCCUUCUGCUGGUGCACACAUUUGGUUUCAGUUGUGGUCUGCAAAGUAUAAAACAACCAGAAUAGUAGCACAAAAUCUUGAGUGAAAAUCUAAAAUGCACACGGAAACAGGUUGUGCAAACCCGUGUGCAACAUCUUGCAGGAUCUUUACUCAUUUAUUUCUCUGUGAAAAAAAUAUUUUUAAGAGUAAUGUGAUAUAAAGGCUGCUGUGCUCAUAAAAGACCCAAAUAAACAUUGCUAGACUGCGUAGUAUAAAGCCUUUUUUAAUGUCAAAUUAAAUUAAAAUAAAGUGCAUAAUAAAGCCCCUUAGUUAUAUCAUAACUGAUAACUGAUAUAAACUAUGAAAAAAAAAAAUCAACAAAUCAAAUCUGAAAAUUUACCUAUUAAGCAUGCUAUCCGCAUCACAAAAUGUCACAUUAACUUACCGGCAUAAAUAAGAGUUUAUUUUUAAAUGCUGGUUUUACUGACUAACAUAAACCAGCAUUGCAUUACAUGGAACCAUGUGAAACAUACCUGCCAUUAAGGAAGUAAGACAUGGGUAUGAUGUAUUUCACACGACACACUUACGUCCUCACCACAGGUCACAUCUCUCACAGCUCUAAAGGGCUCAAAGCUUCCAGGAAGUGCAUGUAGAAAAACUCUCCGACUCGAGGGAGCAUCUGUUCAGAAGCGCCUGGGAUGUCACGGGCGACAGACCUGUCUGGGUUCCACCGCUCCCCUCCAUCAUGAUCAACACCUACCAGACCAGCAUGGCGCUGCCACAGGUGCCUCCGCCGGUGCCGCCGCGCCUCGGCAGGUCCCAGCCAGUCCUCAUCCCGGCUCCGCUUACAUCACCGGGCCACAGCAGGCCACUUUUGCGCUUCUUGGUUUGUGUGGUUAUGCUGCACUUGUUCCUGUCUGUUGGAGGAUUUCUAUACCUGUACUACAAUGAAAUACAAAUUUCACGUGCAGCUUACUCUUCACCACAAGCCAGAGCUGGUUUUCCCCCCGUAGGAAAACAAGACACAACCUACAGAGUCCUGGCACGCAUGGUAGUUAAGAAGAGUCCAUCUCCUCAAAAAGCUGGUUACUUUGAAUGGAACAUCGAGCAUUCAAUUCAUAAAAAGAUCAACUACUUUGAAAAAAGCUGGCUGACUAUCCUUGAGCCCGGCGACUACUUCGUCUACUCCAGGGUGACCUUCUCCAAGGGCCACGCCACCAUCCCACUGGCCAGCUUGGUCAAGCUGAGGAAGAGCCAGAGUGAGAAGGAGACGGACGUGAUGAAGGCCUACUGCAGCCUGAGCAACGGCAUGGACUCUUUGAACCCUCACAUGUGCACAGCCACACAACAGGAUGUGAUCACAUUGGAGAAGGGAAACCAGCUCAGCCUCUGGGUGGACGACCUCUCGCUUGUGGACUAUGACAUGACUGCGACAAGCUUUGGGAUGUAUAAGGUUUAGGACCUGCAGGGACCAGGACUCCAAAACCAGGGAUCUGCCACUGUGGAUGGAAUACACAUACUAAGAACACUCUAAGGAGCGAGUCGACACGCCUUUCCGUGGUACACAGAGACACAUUUCCAAACUAUAAUUUAUUAAAUAGCAUUGUCUACUUCUUUGUUUUGUCAAUGGUUGCUUUGUAUUUAUUUAAGUAAACUGGACUAUAUAU